AUGGCGACAGCAGCCGAAUCGGCCAUACCGCCUCUCCCUGAGUCCGCGGGGACCCCUCACCUCCAACCUCGACCGCACGAGAUAUCCUUCCCUUUGCCCAAGGCACUCCAUACUACGGCACAUAUCCACUUGACGAUGCUGGAAACUUGCGUCACAGUGUUUCUGGCGACUUCGACGCCUGGUGAUUCGGGCGGCACGAUGAAGCCGAUGGGGAGUUUCGUCUAUGCGAUGCCGGAUCGCACGAACCCCCGCACCGCGAUAUCCACCACCCUCUACACCUCCCCAACGGUCGAAUACACCACCCGAGUCGCGAAGAUUCUUGCCCGUCGCACGCACGUCCCGGUCUACGUCGGCUGUAGCAUCGACCCGACGGCGCUCAGCCUCACCGUGGAGGAAGAAAUGGAGGGGCUAAGAAAGAUCGUGGACGCGGUCAUGGAGCGAUGGGAGAAACGGACAGAGUGA